CCUAUGACGACGCAUUCUUCGCUAUCUGGUAGAAGCGCUGCCGUGUCGUCGCUUUGUGGUGCUUUCUGGUUAUUCUGACGAUUUUUCUCGCGAUUUAUAGCUCAAGCAGUCUCCCGGGGACAACUUCGACGCCCCGAAGAUGUGAAUUAAAGAGUAUUCCUUGCAAGUAGAUAAACGUGCUAAUUGUUAAGGGACACUUGAUUGCUGCAUAGCGUUAGCACAAUCAAGGACGUAAAGAACCGACGAAGUUUACGCAAGAAUUUGUAAGUUCAUACCAGUUAAGCUGCCGAGCCUCUCAACCGAUCGCCUGUGCUUAGCUUUUAAAGGCCAAGAUUUUUCUUUGCGAGCUUUUCCGGGUUUUUGUGACCGAGAGUACUGCGCCGUAGCUGUCCUCUAGCCGAAUAGGCCAACCAAUCACAGAGCAGGAAGCGCGCCGCUGCGUUCCACGACCAGAUGGCGCUCGCCUCCGUGCAACCGCGCAAGCCAACGUCUAUAACGUUGUCUAGUAAUGUUGGCGCAGGCGGCGGCGCAGGCCGUGCGGAGCACCAAAAAAAAAAAAAAAAACAACCAGAAGGCUUGCCUUCGUACGUCCGCGGCAGCCUGAAUAAAGCCUUCUGUGUCAAUUGGUACGGACAUUCGAUAAACACAAACUCAUGUUUCGGCUCUUUAUGCACGCGCACUAAGCUGCGCUGUAUAUAGAUGCCAACUCGUUGCAUCUGCUGCAUUUUUUAACAGCUUUCGAGUUGUAAUGCCAACAUUGUAAGCUGCGCGCUAACCUCGCCGUGGCACCGCGGUUGUAUGGCGCUGCACCAUUCUACACCUUGUCUAGGUGGGGAAGUUAACCUGCAGAACAUCUCUUAAGUUUACUGUCGGCUUUAGUCCAUCACUCACAGGCUCGUCCGCACUCAUCAGUAAUAACUGUAAUACAAUGUAAUAAUACAUUGCACUUGUAGCAGGUAGUCCACUUCCGGCAUGCUGCGCGAGGCCUGGAAGAUACAAAUAAGAUGGCCUUUUAUUUCCUUUUAGGGAGCAUGCGAAAAAGAAGAAAGCCUUUGAACUAAUGGUCAAGCUAAUGGAGGCUCAUUCUCAUCUCUGAUUGGCGGAUGUGUAAGGAAUAUCAAUGGCGACAGAACUAUUGAUGAAACCUCCUCAGGUCUACAAUAUCCCACACGAGGUCUUCAAGCUGCUGUCCACUUCCUUCUGGGAGGAGUGCACAGCGCUCGAGACGCAAGUCCUGCUGGCCAUCGCCAGCUCGGUGAUGGCCGAAACCGCGGGCCAGCAGGUGCUCGUCCAAGUCAUGGCGCCAGUCGUGGUGAACAUCGCAGAGGUACAGCACGUGCACCCCACGUAUUACGCGAUUCCGGUGAUCGUGGGCGCCUCGUCUAACGUCAUCAUGCCGGCGUCGGCCCCGCUCGCCCUGCUGCACGAAUUGGCGCGGGUGUCCUUCUGGAAGCUGCUUCUUUUUGGCUUGCUCGCGAAGGCCAUCGUCGUGAGCAUGGUCAUCGUGAUGGUCAACGUGGCGGACAAGUACGGCAUUCUCAGCGCCCAAACGACUCCGGAAUGAGCCGCUACCUUUUACGGAGUCAUAUAUUUCGUUUUAGCCCCCAACUGCCAUUUGCUACGGCGUAUUGAGGAACGCAGCCUUUAGCGCAUGAACUCUACACAACUUUAACUUUGUUUUCUCUGUUACCGUGGCAACUGCGGAACUAGCGUUUUUGGGACACUCGCUGCUAAUUCAUCAGCACCCCAACCCCUCCUCAAUCUCCUCGUUUAUAUGCGUUUUAUAUUAGUAUUUCCCCCAGUGCUGUUAACCAGUUUGUUUCUGUCUCCUUGGCGUUCUCUCCUUUUCUUCUUUCUUUCUUUCUUUAUUUUGGUUCAGUUGGACAUUCGGUAUCGUUUGAAUGUGAAUCGACGAAAUUUGCUGGGCCUCGUUUAUUAUUUACUCUUUGUUACUGCACAUAGUGAAUAUAGCCAUCCGCUCAUCAUGAGCGCUGCGUACAUUACCACACCCUGCGCACCAGGACUGUCGACCCGGACCAUCUUUCCGCGAGUCUGCUGAGCGAGGGAGUCGGAUGUUGCAAGCCAACCUGCUCUAUCGCGUUAAGGAAGCGAAUCAUGCGACUUCCUGCGAUGCAGCAGCUGUGAAGACAACGUUACCACGUGCAAGAAGUCUCAUCACCGCAGCAUGGUAACUAUAUAUUGCUACGCAAGCCACCUAUGUCGCUAGCAUGGACUACCGAUGUGUUGCAUUGCAGUUGGUGGACACUGUUUAUCACGGCGCAGUCCACGUUGAAGUAUAGUGCGAGGUGAGAACUGGAUCUUUAGCGUGCGCAUAUAUAUUUCAUGAUGACAAUACGUGCGCUUCAUUUUUUUUUUUUGUUGGUGAAGGGACUUGGAAAACUUGUCCUAUGUGAUCGUGAGGCAUGGAAGUACAUCACCGGGACUUGUACUCGAAGCUGGAAUGUCAUGCGCAUGCGUUAUGCCCCAGAUGCUAUCCCUGCAGAGAAUAAUUUUAUGCCUUUAGCGCCUCAAGGAACCGUUAACGAAAUAAAGAAAUACGCAUUCCAGGCCGCAAAAAGUGGUGGCAGGGUCAUUUCACCCAAUAAAAUAUUCGUUUGCGUUGUCCCUAGAGGAAGCGGGGUGCUAGUGUCUUGUCUGAAGGGCUUCUUGCGUGUGCGGGCCGAACACUCGCUGCCAGCGACCGCAUGUUUUAACGUUACAAGGGAAUGCACAGCCAAGGUCUCUACACAAGUGACAAUGGCACACACAAAUAGUCUGCGGCAAGUUCUCGAAACGCCGCCAGACAUUCGCACAACUUUGGCACGCAGUAGUAUUGAGUACAAAUGAAUUAUGGCGGUUGUAAAACUAGGUUGUUUACUACUUGGUCUUCGCAAUAAUGCCGUCACAAGCUUUAAAUUGAAGUGAACUCUACCUUUACGGGAUGGCGGCCCUUAAGGGAUAACCCUCUAUUUGUUUUAUUUAAUAAUAAAAAAGGCAUGAGACAAGCGAAAAAUUCCGCAAGUGCCCACUUCCACACAUCUCGUUCGACCCAAUCAAAAUGCCGGACCUCGCACUAAGGAGGCGACAAGAUGCAGACUGGUGCCACUACCCCUGCCGCUCUCCGUUAGUCGAACGAUCCAAACUUUCGGUGCACGUAUCUCGAUUUCGAUAGAAUUAAAGGCCGCAGGUCGGCCAUCUUGGUUGAGGAUAAGUGACGCGCGGGAACGCAACGACUGUACUCAUACGGAUCAUUCAAGGGUGAUGAGUCUUCGUCAUGAUAGUUCUGCGCAUGCGCAGUAUUCUUCCGUUCCUUCUUUCCACUUCUCUUCCCACUUGAGGCGAUAAAAGCUAUCGCACGCCCCUAAAUAAACGUAUUCUAUGUGCCUCGUAACUGUUCGGGCCGCGUGCCGUGGAAAUGCUACAAAGGGUCAUCGGCGUAGAGAGUAAUAAUCGAAAGUAUCCGGUAUAUAGGCGAAGGCACGUAAAGGCAGUGGAGAAGGAGAAUGUGUCACGAAGUAGGAAGAGCGUAGAGCUGGACGCACUCAAGGCUAGCGCUCGCUGUCGGGUUAUCGGUACAUGACUAGACUGGGUUUGAGGCGGAAAAUAAGACACUAAGCGUAGUUGUCAUCGUAACUGAUUUUAUUAACCGACGCUUGAAUACAUAUAAGCUGCAGAUAUGCGCAUAUCAUAGGAAA